AUGGAACACAUAUUAAGCUCGAUUGCAACUAAUGUAUUAUGUGUAUGCUCCCAUAACUUGGAGGUUAUAUAUGUGUAUCCUGGCUGGGAAGGUUCAGCUGCCGAUUCUCGUGUUCUUAGAGAAGCAAUAUACAAAAAGAAUGGCUUAGAAGUUCCACAAGGUUACUAUUACCUUGUCGAUGCCGGUUAUCCGAAUAGUGGAGGAUUUCUUGCGCCUUUUAGAGGUCAACGUUAUCAUUUAAAGGAAUGGGGGCAAGGUCGUUUAGAACCAAGGACAGCUGAAGAACUAUUCAAUAUGAAACAUUGUAGGGCUAGGAAUGUGAUUGAACGCGUUUUUGGAUUGUUGAAAAUGAGAUGGGCAAUACUUCAGAGUCCUUCAUGGUAUCCAGUAAACAUACAUUGUCGUUUUAUCAUGGCUUGUUGUUUGAUCCAUAACCUUAUUAGGAGAGAAAUGCCUAUGGAUGAAUUUCUACCGGAAGAAAAUUAUGAAGAUGGACCAGUUAAUUUGGUUUCUCCUCAAGAAAGUCGAAUGAUAGAAUUUGUUGAUUCCUCAGAUUAUUGGGAUAUUCAGAGGAAAGAGUUAGCUGAUCAAAUGUGGGAAAGAUGGACUGCACGUAGACGUAGACGCGUAGUUAGUUAA